AGUUCGUGUUUACCGACAGGCGCCGGCCGUACCGUUAAUGUGUUUACGUUCGCGCGUUCUGCUCACCACGUGUGUUUCGCGAGUUUUUUUGCGUUGUAGCAGGUGUCAUUAACAAUAAACACUGAAUUUUUGUGUUGCACGUCGCGAAGGAUGUUGGAAUCGACUGCCCAAGUCUUAGCAAGCGGUAGGACGAUCUUGGCCAGCGGUUCCCCGAGGCGGCAAGACAUAUUGAGACAAUUGCGCAUAAACGUAGAAGUGAUGCCGUCCCUCUACGAUGAGAAGCUCGACAGGUGCAAGUAUAAGGGACAUGGGGAAUACGUUCAAGACAUAGCCAAGUACAAAGUACUCGAAGUGUAUGAACGUCUAAAAAGGGAUCCGGUGCCACCGUCUCUGAUAAUAGGAGCAGAUACCAUGGUGACAAUGGGCGACGUCAUUUAUGGAAAGCCUCGAAACGAAGUGGAAGCAUUUCAGAUGUUGUCCAGUAUGCAACGCAUCUUUCUUAGCUUAGCGAAUAAGCAACACGUUGUCUACACUGGUGUGUGUCUGAAAACACCAAAGACCGAACUCCAGUUUUAUGAGUCUGCCAAAGUAAAGUUCGGAGAUGUAUCGGAGAAACAAAUCAGAGAGUACAUUAAAACUGGUGAUCCUAUGGAUAAAGCAGGAGGCUAUGGUCUUCAGGGUAUAGGGGGUUGCCUGAUCGAAAGAAUAGAUGGUGAUUAUUACACUAUAACGGGCCUACCGCUGUAUUCGUUGGCCAAGCAACUCAACCGAAUGUUCUCCAAUGUGUAGUUAGUAGAAUAUUGCGUUGUAUACCCGUCAGUACCUGAACUAUUGUACCGUCGUUUCUACGUGAAUAAAUUUUAUUACGUUAAAAGCCUCAUAAAUUUAUGAAUUUCCCUAUUUGUGUAUUUAAUAGUCCGAACGUUGCGGCUUAAUAGGUAUAUAUUUAAACCCGCGUUAAUAUUGAUAUUGCGCUCAUUAACAUUCAUAAUCGUAUCGUACGCUGUCAAAGACACAAAGCGAAUCACACGUUGGCAUCGUAAUUAAAUUAACCACCAUAUAAGCUAUAUAUUC